GUCGGAUAGUUAACUACUAAUAAUGUAUUGGUCAUGCCUUGAUUUUACCAUGAGCUUCUUUUGGUGUCCCCGCACUUAAGAUUUUUUUUUUUCUUCUUUGGCUCGUCCUCUUUUCUCCACCGACAGAGUAUAUAUAUUCUUUUUUAAGUAAUGCGAUUCCACGAAAUAUUCACGGAAUCUAAGCGAAUAGCCUGCGCAGCUCCUGCCUUGAUAUCAUUCUAGAACCCAUAGCACACGCUAUGAUAUGAUGACCCGACCUUGCUCCUAGAUAUUUCUGGCACACCUACUGCUCCCCGCACAUUCCUUGUCCACCCCGAGAUGUCCGAUAACAAUUUAAAUUUUACGGUACGGCCCUUGUCAAAACAAGUAAGAAACGACCAUCGAGAUGCCUUCCGAGUAUAUUUAUCGUCGUCAUCGUCGGCUCUCCUCAAACUUCGAGCCGGAGAUGUUUGUUGCCUAACACUCCCCGACGGAUCCUCGAAGAAUGCCAUUGCUUGGAACGCAGCCGAGAAAAUCCAGCCUUCUGUCGUACAAACAUCUCGAACACUUCAGGAUUGCUAUGGAAUCAAGCUUGGGGAGGUAGUGUCGAUCACUAGAGUGGAUGAGGCCCUGGAAGAAAUCGAUUCAAUCUCUUUAGAGGAUUGCUCAGACGCUGACCGGAUUGAGAAAUAUGGUCCUAUUCCAGUUUCCGAUAGGCUGCACUGGGCCUGGUCCUUGGAGCUUCCUCUCUCAAAAUGCGAGGCCCUUGCCAUUGGCCUUGCCUUCGACCUAGAGCUUAGGGGCCAGCGGAGAACUUUCAGGAUUGCGAAUGUGCGGGCAAUGACUCAGGCUUAUAAUGGAACUCUAUUCCGGUUCACCGAGAAAGCAAAAAUCAUGAUUGACGAAGACUUGGGAGGCGUACAAGAGAAUUCAACCUUCCCCCUCCAUGUUCGAUCUGUUGGUUUAGGUGGAAUGGGCCGUCAGAUCCAGAGCAUCAAUGAGAGCCUUGCCGAUUUCAACCUAGGUUCAGAGAUACCCACGAUGCCUUCAUUCUAUGAACAUAGCAGAGGCAUGCUUAUUUACGGGCCGAAGGGAACCGGAAAGUCAUCACUUCUCGGCCAGGUUCGGUCAGCGGGGUGGAGAAAAACAUUUGAUGUCGGCUCCUCUACAUUUAGCAAAAAUGUUGGCGAUGGUGAAGCUAGGUUGCGCCAUAUAUUUCAUGAAGCCAUCCGUUGCCAGCCUAGUGUUGUGAUUAUUGAUCAGCUUGAAUUUAUCGCACCGAAAAAGGCAUCAUUUGACGCACAGUCUCUCGCACCAGUAUUAUGUGAAUGCAUGGAUUUAGCAAAGGGUGCCCGCGUCCUAGUUGUCGCUGCAACUCGGCAUCCUAACGAUGUGGAUGAUGCCCUAAGAACACCCCAUCGACUGGCCAUUGAGAUUGAAUUACAGAUUCCUACCGCGCAUGAUCGAGCCGAAAUAUUGAGUGCUAUUUGUGGCGGCCCGUCCUUCGCUUUAAACAAACACCUCAUAGACAUUAUGGCAGAGAAAACUCAUGGUUAUGUUGGCGCCGAUCUUUUCGCUUUGUUACAACUCGUGUGCCGUAAAGCUCGACAAAGGCAGAUUGUGCAGGAUAGGCUGGCAGACGAUUUGUUGAACCGUGGACAUGCCGCUAGUAGCGGCUCAGAAGUGUGCCAUGCUCUGCCGGAAACGACUAUCAGCCUGAAAGUUGAGGAAGACGAUGUUUCCUCAGCCCUCCAAGAGACUCGUCCGACCGCAAUGAGAGAAGUCUUCCUAGAGACGCCCAAAGUAAGAUGGUCGGAUAUUGGUGGCCAGCAUGAAAUCAAGCGACGACUCCAAAAGGCUGUCCAGCGGCCCUUGAAGCAUCCUGAACGUAUGAAAAGGCUCAAUGUAAAUAGCAAGAAGGGAAUUCUCCUCUAUGGACCUCCGGGCUGUUCUAAAACAUUGACCGUCAAGGCCCUAGCGACAGAAGCAGGCCUGAAUUUCAUGGCCGUGAAGGGUGCGGAGAUUCUGAGUAUGUAUGUUGGAGAGUCCGAAAGAGCUCUUCGCGAAAUCUUCAGAAAAGCACGCUCUGCCAGGCCCAGCAUUAUUUUCUUCGAUGAAAUUGACGCCAUUGCCUCGAAGCGCGGAAAUACAUCUCAGGGAGGUGUUAACGUGCUUACAACUCUGCUCAACGAAAUGGAUGGAAUCGAGGAGCUCAAGAGCGUCUUGGUUGUUGCAGCAACAAAUAAGCCUGAUGUAAUUGACCCAGCCCUGAUGCGCCCAGGCCGCCUUGAUAAUAUUCUCUACAUUGGACCUCCCGAUAUUGAGGCACGAGAGGAAAUAUUGAACAUAUGGUUUAGAAAGUCGGCAGUCCAUCCGGAAGUAGAUGUGAGGGACUUGGCUUCCAGAACAGAAGGUUAUUCCGGCGCAGAGAUCGUGAGCAUCUGCGAGACUGCAGGAGACGCUGCACUGGACGAAGAGGAUGAGACUGGCAAAGAACAGGAUAUUUGUUGGCGACAUUUUGAAUACGCCCUGAAGCAGGUUCAGAAGCAGAUCACAGAAGAAGUGAUCGAAGAAUACGAGCGAUGGGGUAACACUGUGGAUCCCAAAUAAUAGAUAUAUUUACACGAUGAUAUAUAAGAUCAUACGAGGUUAUUCUACGGAGUACACCCACCGUC